GUCGAGUUUAUCACGGCUAGCGGUUACUUAUCGGCACGUAAAAUACGUAGCCGGUUUCAAACGUUGGUCGGACAAGUGGUUGAGAAGCCAGCGUUUCGAGAUUACUGUAAGUUGCUCACUGAUACCAGUGACGUUCGACUAAGGGUUGAUGACAAAUAUGUGGUGCAAAUAACUUGUGCUUUCCGAUGCAAUGGAAUUUGGCCUCGAUCAGCAAGCCAUUGGCCAAAUAAUACUAUCCCCUGGCCUAAUCCAGCUGUUGCUGCUGAGGUAAAAAAUGAAGGUUUCGACUUGACGAGUCGUGAGACCGGAGCCACGCCAUCUCAACAAAAUAAACAAGCCAGUUCAAUGGAGGGAGACGCUUGGGCUAUGAACCUUACCGGCGCUGAAAAUGUCCUGCUAGCCGGUAAUCGCCGGAAAGCCUUGAGCAUCUUAAAGUGCCUAAGGGAUACCCAUCUGGAAUUUCCCGGUACUCCUAUUACUAAUUAUAUACUCAAAACUCUGAUGUUGUACGAAUGCGAAAAGCACUGUAACGAUUAUGAAUGGGAGGAUAACUGCAUUGGAGAUAGGAUUAUUGGUAAGUUAGAAUAA